UGCGGGAGGGGGCUGUGCCAAGGUCCUGGGGUCACCUUGCUACAUGGUACCAAGAAAUCACAACAGCGCAUCAAACUUGCAACAUUGUAUUGAAUUUGGCCGGUUGUAUUGGGUUGCUACAAUGUGUCAAGUUUGUGAAUUGAAGCUGCCACGGUGGGUCAAAUAGCUACAAUGUAUCAGAAUUGCGAUCUGUAAUUGCUACAAUGUAUCAGAUUCAUGAACUGCAAUCAUUCAGAAUUGCUAUAAUGUAUCAAAUUGCUACAUUGCAUCGAGUUUCUGAGUUAAAUUUAAAUUUGGAAUCACUACACUGCAUCAAAUCGCUAUGAUGUAUCAGAUUGGCGAAUCAAAACGGAAGUUAAAUUCGCUACAAUGCAUCAAAUUUGUGAGUUAGAAUUGCUACAAUAUAUCAAAUAGCUGGGAUGUAUUGUGUUUGUGAGCUAAGGUUGGAGUCAAAAUCGCUACAGUGUGUCAAAUUGCUACAAUGUAUCAAAUUUGAUGAAUUAGAGGUGGAUUAGGAAUUUCUACAAUGUAUCAAAUUGCUACAGUGUAUCAGGUUUGUGUUUUGAGACCCAAAUCUAAAUCGCUACAAUGUAUUAACUUUGAGAAUUAGAAUUGCUACAAUGUAUCUGGGCUAUCCAGUUGUGGGUGGAGCCAUGGUGCUUCCUGCUGCACAAAGCCUCCACCCGCUCUCAACCCUCCCCCUGGUUCUGUAGCUGGGAUAACUCAGCAUCCAGCACCCUACCCAGAGGACUCCAGAGUCUUCUUCGUAGCCAACUAUUGAUCCAUCUAUUCUGGGAGUCGGCCUGAUUGAGUGAGUGAUGGACACAUAGGCCAGUGUGAGUCAGCAUUUCUCAGCAGAAGGCGGUUGGGGUUUCUGGAAUGUUCUCUAUAUGUGGUAGCCUUGAGGGAUGAAUGUGUGUCCCCAGCAAUGAAUGCGUCUUAGCAUCUGGGUCAGAAGCUCAUGCUGUUGAUAUGAUUGACAGCUGUCAGUCUGUGCGGAUUUGUCUGGAGGCCGGAAGAUUCCAGCCAGGGCCGGUGCAGGUUCUAGCACCCAGGAAAUGGGCAUUCGAAUCUGACUGUGUCCGAUUGCUAUGAGAGAGGGGACCACCGGUGAAGACGUGUCUGGAUCGGGUUAUUGGUUCGGAUGAUGAGAGCCUCAUGCCUCCUCCUCCUCCUCUUCCUGGGUCCGAGCCAAGGCCACGCCCACACUGCCACCACAGCCCCACUCCCCAACAUCGUCCUGCUCCUGGCCGAUGACCUCGGCAUUGGUGACCUCGGCUGCUACGGCAACAGGACGCUCAGAACCCCGAACAUUGACCAGCUGGCACGUGAUGGCGUGAAACUGACCCAGCACUUGGCUGCUGCCCCACUGUGCACACCAAGUCGUGCAGCCUUUCUGACUGGACGCUACCCGGUGCGCUCGGGCAUGGCUGCGCGGUCGCGGGUGGGUGUCUUCCUAUUCCCGGCUUCAUCUGGGGGUCUCCCGGCCACCGAGGUCACGUUCGCCAGGCUAGCCAAGGCCCGCGGCUACACCACAGCGCUUGUUGGGAAGUGGCACCUGGGCCUGAGCUGCCGGCACCCACAUGACUUCUGCCACCACCCGCGGGUCCACGGCUUCGACCAGUUCUUCGGGCUCCCGGCCACCAACCUGCGGGACUGCAAGCCAGGGGCUGGCACAGUGUUUGAGGGUGCCGUGCACUGGAUCGUGGUGGUCCCCGUGCAGGCCCUGGGCACUGCUGCCCUGACCCUGGCCGCCCUGCGCUGCCUCGGCCUGGCCCGGCCGCCGCCUGCCGCCUUCCUGGGCCUCCUGCUGCCCGUGGCCAUCUUGCUGGGUGGCCACUUCCUGUUCCGGCACUACUUCCGGCCACUCCACUGCUUCCUCAUGCGCGACUUCGAGGUGGCCCAGCAGCCUCUGGACUAUGAGAACCUCACGCAGAGGCUCACGGAGGAGGCCGCAGGGUUCAUACGGCGGAACUCCCAGAAGCCCUUUCUGCUGCUGCUGUCCUAUAUCCACGUGCACACAGCCCUGUUCGCCUCCCCAGAGUUCGCCCACAGGAGCUGGCAUGGGGCUUAUGGCGACGCCGUGGAGGAGUUGGACUGGAGCGUGGGCCAGAUCCUGCAGGUCCUGGACGAGCUGGGCCUGGCCAGCCGCACCAUCGUCUACUUCUCAUCUGACCAGGGCGCCCACGUGGAGGAGGUGACGGCCACGGGCGAGGUCCACGGGGGCAGCAAUGGCAUCUACAGGGGCGGCAAAGCCAACAACUGGGAGGGAGGCAUCCGGGUGCCGGGGGUCCUGCGCUGGCCUGGGGUCAUCCCUGCCGGACACGAGGUGGACGCGGCCACCAGCAACAUGGACAUCUUCCCCACCGUGGCCGGGCUCACGGGGGCACCGCUGCCCCACGACAGGGUGAUUGAUGGGCGGGACCUGAUGCCCCUCCUCCGGGGGCAGAGCCAGCGGUCGGCCCACGAGUUCCUGUUCCACUACUGCAAUGCCUACCUGCAGGCUGUGCGCUGGCUGCCACGCAACAGCUCAGCCGUGUUCAAGGCCUUCUUCUUCACGCCCAAGUUCCACCCAGCCGGCGCCAACGGCUGCUUCCCCACCCACGUGUGCCUGUGCCAGGGUCCCACCCACGUGACGAACCACGACCCACCCCUGCUCUUCAACCUGGCCCGAGACCCUGGUGAGACCGUGCCCCUCACGCCGCACACCGAGCCACGCCACCGGGCAAUCCUGGAGGCCAUCCUGGAGGCGGCGGCAGAGCACCGGGGCUCUGUGCCCCCCAAUGUCCCCAACCAGCUGGCCCCGGGCCACGUGGUCUGGAAGCCAUGGCUGCAGCUUUGGGCAGCUGGGGCCUCAGGGCCGUAGCCAUGCACCUGCUGGGAAGCUGGGGCUACGCGUGGCUCCCCACGUGGCUGUUGGCCAUCUUUAUCUUGGACACAGACCUGGGGCCACGUGUGGCUCAGUCGGCUGUCUUUAUCCUGGACACAAACCUGUGGCUCCAUCCGUGGAUCAGUUGGCCAUCUUUGACACAGACAGGAACCUGGGCUCAGGGUCCACAAUGAAUCCCAUAAAGUGUUCACUGCAAAGGAAGCAGCAGGUGUUCCUUAUAGAUGCAGAUGAACCGACUGGGAUCCUGUCCGUCUGCCUCAGAGUCUGCCCCGGACUGUACCAGGAACCUGUCACCCUCAGAGCCCACCCCUGACUGGACCGGGAAACCACCAAUCUGGCCCUGGUUGUGCAGAAUGGAGUGGGGAUCAGGGGUGGCCACCCAGAGGGUCCCGGGUCUCUUGGAGCAGCUGUCAGUCACAGAGAAGCCAUGCUGUCAGUCACUGCACAGCAGAGUCUGUCUCCGGCACAGAGCACUUUCUGCUGUCACCACAAGAGCCUAUAGCAACAUGACUCAGCAGGUGUAAAACCAUGACUCAGCAUGUAUAGAAAGAUGGCUCAGCAGGAUAUGUCUCAGCAUGUAUGGAAGCCUGACAGCAGGUAUAGAUAUCAUGACUUGGCAGGUAUGGAACCAUGAGUUGGCACGUAUAGAAAUAUGAUUUGGCAGGUAUAGAACCAUGACUCGGCAAGUAUGGAACAGCAGCUUAGAACCAGGAACUCUGGUCCAGGGGCCCCAGGGUGAACUCCAGGGACCUGAGUGUUCCACCCAUCCCCGGAUUUGAUGGUCGGGGCAGCCCGGACCCUCAGGACAACAGGGCCACCGUACAGAGACCCCGACCAUGUUUAUUGCAGUCAAUAAAUAACCAGGCGACAGGAAGCCAUCUUGCAAUUUUCCACAUGGCCCAAUCGGGAGGGAUGAGAAUUAAAUAAAAAAAGUCACAUGGUCA